UCAAAUAUUGUUUGCAAAUGAUGGAUUUUAAUUUUUAUUCACAAAGGGAAGAAGAUUGCCUGUGUAUGAAACAUGAUCUUUUUAAAUGUGAACUCUGCUGCUUGGGCAUACUCUGUGGUCACUCUAGGGACUGACCUGCUAAAUUCCGCCUUCAGCUUCUUCUAUGUGAAACUCUUUUUGCAUCUGUACAAGAUUUCGGAAGAGACCUUUUGUCAAGCCCAGGCAAUUUUGAUGAUCUGGAAUAUUCUUAAUGACCUGAUUGGGUAUUUUUGUGACAGUUUUAAGGCCGACUGUGGUACAAGCCGUUAUCUUUCUGCAUUGCUGGGUGGCCCUCUGUGUGCAAUGGCCUUCCUGCUUCCUUGGUUCCCUUGGAAAAACUAUCAAGAAGGCGACUGGCUUAAUGGAAUUCACCUGAUGGUGUCAUCGUGUGCCUUUGAGAGCACCCUCUCCUGUAUUCAGCAAGCCCAGUGUAGAUGGUUUGUAGGGACCUUCCCUAGACAUGAAAGUAGGCUUCGUCUUCUUAAAAUCAACCACGUGGCAUCACUGAUAGGCUCGGCCAGUGUCCUUUUCUUUGGCCUCAUCUCCAAUAACAUGGAGAGUUUGCCCGAAUUUCAGGCUGCCGCUGUGCUCAUUGCCUUUCUUGCCGCUGCCAGUAUGCGUGCUGGCAUGAACCACAUGAAAUGUUUUGAAUGGAAAAGAAGCCUGGAGGAAAAUGUGCCCUUGGGGACAGAGGAGGAUCUUGCCUUAUGGAUGGGACAGAUCCUGACCCAGAAGAACUUGUACCUUUUUCUGAUCACGAGUUUCUUCCAAGUCUUCCAUUUAGCCGUCUUCAGCAACUUCAUGAUGAUCUUCACAGAUCACCUCAUUCCCGGGGACAUCCUUUCUUCGUCUGUAAGGAGCGUCAUGUAUGGCGCAAGCUUCAUUUGCCCACAGUGCCUCCUACUUGUGGGUCAUUCCUGGCUGAAGAAAUUUGGUUAUUAUAAGAUCAUCCUAGUUUCUUUCUACCUAGAAGGGACAGCUUCCAUUGUCAUGUUACUUCUGGGAGCGGACUACUAUUACUGUUUGGCUCUCUAUCUCACGCUUAUCAUGGUGAUAGUGAAAGCUUCUUAUUGCUUAUUUAACCUGCCUCUAGCUGACAUGAUUGACGCAGAAUUACUUAAGUUCAAUAGGCAGCCACUCUUUCCCUCAAUGGUUUUUGGCAUCAAUGCUUUGCUUACCAAACCUGCUCGGUUUUUAGCUCCCAUGGUGAUACUUUCCAAGCUCACUCAGUUUGGAUAUAGAAGCCCAGACAGAAGAAAUGUUUUAGGGGGUUGCUAUUAUAUGCCAGGCACAAAGGUAUUGGAAAUGAAAGGUGAAUGAAGCCUUUAAGGAGCCUCAGAGAGUACAACAAACCGUACGAAGAGUUCCAUGCACCCACAAUGGGAGCACGGGUAACUUGGACAAGAAAUUUCUCCCUCAACCUGCCCAGGGUCUGGAAGCACCUCACAAACAAGGGGGUGCUUAGACUGAGUUUUAGAGGCUGAGUUGGGUUUCCCCUUUUGAACAGGGAGGAACAUUGUGCCAGCAACAGACAACAGCCUGGCACACAUCUGGAAGCAUGAGCGAACCCUCAAAUAGCUGCUCAUUUAUUCAUCUGGGAAACAUUCUGGAGAACCUAC